GAGAUCCCAGAAAAGCCCACUGAAGAUAAUACCAUGAGAACAGAAUUGCAGGAAUUACAGAUGCAAGCAAAUUUAGCUACAGAUGAGUCAUUGGAAAGUACGCGGCGUAUGCUGCAGAUGUGUGAAGAGAGUAAGGAAGCUGGUAUCAAAACAUUGGUAAUGUUAGAUGAACAAGGAGAACAAUUGGACCGUAUUGAUGAGGGGAUGGAUCAAAUCAACCAAGAUAUGAGAGAUGCUGAGAAGAAUUUAGAAGGAAUGGAGAAAUGUUGUGGACUGUGUGUUUUACCAUGGAAGAGAGCUAAGAAUUUUGAGAAAGGUUCUGACUAUAAUAAGACAUGGAAAGCUAACGAAGAUGGUCAGGUAAAUGCUAAUGGUCCCAGAAUAACAGUUGAUAGUGGUAACGGUGCUGUGAUGUCCAGUGGAUUCAUUACUAGAGUAACAAAUGAUGCAAGAGAAACAGAAAUGGAAGAUAAUUUAACAGAAGUCAGUGGUAUGAUUGGUAAUUUACGUAAUAUGGCUAUUGAUAUGGGUAGUGAAAUCGGCUCUCAGAAUCGACAGAUUGAUAGAAUCAACCAGAAGGCUGACUCAUUAAAUGUAAGAGUGGAUGGAGCUAAUACAAGAGCCAACAGAAUAAUGAGAAAACAGUGAGAAUAUGGUGGGAAAUAUGUGAAGAUAUACGCACUCAGCACUGGAUCAAAUUGUAAUGCCAUUUUCAAUGUCUCGUGAGAUUUAAUCUGCCAAAAAAGCCUCACAAGAUAUAUAUUCCUAUGAUGCAUUCUGAUAUUUUGGCAGAUAUUGUUGUGUAUUUAAUGGUAUCAGAAUUUAAAUGUCCAAUAAUUUUAACAAAUUUUAACACAGUGAGUAUUGAGUGGCCUUAUAGUUUGAUCAAGGAAUGCUCAUAACUUUUAAAAUAUGAACAAAUUAAAAGGUUUGGAAUAAAUAUGAACAAAUAAAAGGAAUGAGAAGGUGAAAGUGAAUAUAUUUGAUAGGUGAUAUUAUAUUUGUUAAGUAUGGAAGAUAUAAUAAUAAAUUAAUGUUUGUAUAAAUAUUCUAGUAUUAAAUGAUACAUUCCAUCAAAAUAUUCCUCUGUUGUGUAAUCUAUUCUAAUGCAAAAACUCUUCAUACUUGGUCAAUAAGAGUAAGUGAACUUAACUGGUGUCAUAACUAUACUACAGAAUCCCUUUAUAAUCCAAUACAAUGAAUCCAUAAAACAAUGUACGGUAAUUUAAACUAUAGUUUAAAGAAAUAAUGACUUUUAUGGGUUUAUUGGAUUAUAGAAGAAUUCUGUUGUAAAGUUGUAUAUUUAUAUAAUACAUACUCUUAUUGGUUAAGUUUGGAAAUAUAAAUUUCAUGUUCAUUCUAAGAGGUAGUGUUCCUUUAAUUAUCAUAAAAUGUUAGAAAUGUUAUGUUUUGUCUGUUGGAUUCUUGUGAUAUGCAAUUUGGACAUCUUAAGAAUAUGAUUUAGAUUUCAAUCAUAAGUUUAUAAAAUUAAGACUGCAAUCAGUUGAAAGGAUUCAAAUCAAUUAACUUGAGCAAUAUAAUGAUUAAUAAGACCCUAGAUUUACACUUGUUAUUAUUGAAAGCUGAAUAGAAGAUGCAUUGAUAUAAUUUAACAUAAUACAUAAACCAUCCAAAGAAAACAUGAUUCUGUGCAUAUAGACAGGUAUAUGUUUAUAUGAUCUGUAUUCAUUCUACUGAUAUACAAUAUAUUAUAUCAUAUUGUAUACCCUGUGUUUGGUCCAAAUCUAAAGCAAUUUAAACUCCUAUAUUUUGAUUGUUCGCAUUAGUGGAUUUGAGGUUCUGCAACUUAUAAAUUUGU